CUUCUGGGGUAGUUCGGCGACCGGGAUCAAGAUGGCGGCGGCCGCUGUGGCUGUGUGUGGGCUCCUGGCGGUGCUGGCGGCGGGCGCUGAGGGCGGGCCCCGCACGCUGGUGCUGCUGGAGAACGGGAACCUGCGCGACACGCACUCGAUGUUCUUCCGGAGCCUCGCGGACAGGGGCUUCGACCUCACCUUCCGGACAGCAGAUGACGCCGGCCUGUCCCUGAUAAAGUACGGGGAGUUCCUGUACGACAACCUCAUCAUCUUCUCCCCAUCCAUAGAAGACUUUGGUGGGAACAUCAAUGUGGAGACCAUCACCGCGUUCAUCGACGGCGGCGGCAGCGUCCUCGUCGCCGCCAGCUCGGACAUCGGUGACCCCCUGCGAGAGCUGGGCAGCGAGUGUGGCAUCGAGUUUGAUGAGGAGAGGACAGCGGUCAUCGACCACCACAACUAUGACAUCUCCGACCCCGGCCAGCACACGCUGAUCGUGGCCGACACUGAGAACCUCCUGAAGGCCCCCACCAUUGUGGGCAAGGCAGCACUGAACCCCAUCCUGUUCCGAGGAGUUGGGAUGGUGGCUGAUCCCGACAACCCGCUGGUGCUGGAUAUCCUCACUGGCUCUUCCACUUCCUACUCCUUCUUCCCAGAUAAGCCCAUCACUCAGUACCCGCAUGCCGUGGGGAAGAACACGCUGCUGAUCGCGGGGCUGCAGGCACGCAACAAUGCCCGCGUCGUCUUCAGCGGCUCCCUCGACUUCUUCAGUGACGCCUUCUUCAAUUCUGCCGUGCAGAAAGCGACUCCCGGCUCCAAGAGGUACUCCCAGACAGGUAACUACGAGCUGGCCGUGGCCCUGUCCCGCUGGGUGUUCAAGGAGGAGGGCGUUCUGCGCGUGGGCGCCGUGUCCCACCACCGCGUCGGGGAGCUGGCGCCACCCAGCGCCUACACAGUCACCGACCUCGUGGAGUACAGCAUCGUGAUCGAGAAGCUCGCUGAGGGCAAGUGGGUGCCCUUUGACGGGGACGACAUCCAGCUGGAGUUCGUGCGCAUCGACCCCUUCGUGCGCACCUUCCUCAAGAGGAACGGUGGCAAAUACAGCGUGCAGUUCAAGCUGCCGGACGUCUACGGUGUCUUCCAGUUCAAAGUGGAUUACAACCGGCUGGGAUACACCCACCUCUACUCCUCCACACAGGUGUCUGUGCGUCCCCUCCAGCACACGCAGUACGAGCGGUUCAUCCCCUCAGCGUAUCCCUACUACGCCGGCGCCUUCUCCAUGAUGGUCGGCCUCUUCAUGUUCAGCAUUGUCUUCCUGCACAUGAAGGAGAAGGAGAAAUCCGACUGAACUCCCCGUGGGAGCCUUUUCCUGCUGCCAGGAGGGCCGGGCAGUGUCAGAGCCUCCUGUGUAUCUGUGUCAGGACUCGUGGGUGCCGGAUGUACUGUGGGGCUGUGUUUGGUCUUUUUUAUUUUUACACCUGGGGGGUUAUUGAGAAUGACAAUUAAGUUUUGGGGGGCAAAUCUGUUUCCAAAGUGUCUGCAAACCCGGGACCAGGAUGCUUCCAGUUUUUACUGAUGAGUCGCAAUGUUUGCUCACUCCACUGUUGGAAUGAUUUGGACUGGGAUUGGGCUGGAAUGAUUUUGGUUGGAGUUGGGCUGGAAUGAUUGGGGUUGGAGUUGGGCUGGAAUGAUUUGGAUUGCAGAUUAACUCCCAGUUCAAAAUAAAGUCUCGUUCCUCUCA